AUGGUUUCCUCCAAGCUUCUUACAGUCGCUUUCUGUGCGGGAGCAACACUCGCUCUUCCACAAUCUAAAACCGUCAGUGAUCCAACCGCUACCAUCGACAACGGUAUCAUAAUCGGGACUUCAACAUCCAUUCCUGAUUCCAAGACCAAAGUCAAUCAGUUUCUCGGUAUCCCCUUCGCCGAAAAGCCUAUCCGCUUCAGUCCGCCAAAGCCAGCCAAAGCAUGGGGCACUCCCUACAAUGCCACCGUUUACAAGCCCGCUUGUUUUAUGAAGUUCAACUAUCCCGAAGAACGACGAAACCAAACGAUUGAGAUAUUUGCUACCCCUGGACCCCCAGCAGGAACUAGCGAAGACUGCUUGAACUUGAACAUUUAUGCCCCUGUCGGUGCAAAGGCCGGCUCAAAGCCUGUUGCGUUCUGGAAUCAUGGAGGAAGUUUUAGUCAUGGGUCUGGAUCUUUGCCUUACUAUGAAGGAUCCGAGAUGGCGGGCUAUGAAGACCUGGUUGUAGUUACUGUCAAUUACAGAACCAAUAUCUUUGGAUUUCCCGAAACCUACGAUUUGCCAAAGGGACAGUGGAAUCUUGGCUUCCUUGACCAACGACUAGCCCUGUCUUGGGUGCAAGACAAUAUUGCUGCCUUUGGAGGAGACCCCGAGAAAGUCACCAUCUUUGGUGAAAGUGCUGGUGCAGGAAGUGUCGAUGAUCUUCUCACAGCUCCACCAGACCCUCUCCCCUUUCGCGCAGCUAUCCUUCAGUCUGGUUCUGCCUCAACAAACGUCACACCAACUGGUUCUUGGAAAACUGCAACCAAGCUAGCUGGUUGUGACAAAGGCGACUUUGAUCAAGUCCUCAAGUGCAUGCGCGAGAUCCCAGCUGCUAAGCUCAAGGAUAUUAUUGAAAGGGGCAUGCUUGACUUUGCACCUCUCAGCGAUGACGGGGUCACACUAUCAAACUAUCCCCGCGAAAUCCGCCUCAUGUCAAAGAACAAGCCGAAGCUCAUGGCCCGAGUUCCUGUCAUGUUGGGCACAACAGCCGAUGAGGCAAGAAUUCCUCAGUUCAUGAAUAUCACCGUAAAGGAUGCUUUGAAAACCCUAGCCCCUGGGAUAAGUGACUUUCAAGUCUCGCUACUCAAGUUCCUCUACCCCAUCGGAUCUCCCGGAAUCAACAACGAAUUCGAUCAGGUCACCAGAAUGGCCACUGAAAUCGGCAUGCAGUGUCCCAUUCGCUACGUGGCUGAGGACUUUGCUAAGGCAGAUAUCAAGACCUGGCGAUACAUUUACAACGCGAGCUUUGCCAAUACUGAGAUCUUCAAGGGCAGUGGAGCAUAUCAUUCUGCGGAGAUUCCAACCCUCUUUGGGACGUAUUCCGAGAAAGGCGCCACUGAGUUUCAGGAGAGGCUGAGCAGGGAGAUGCAGAAGGCUUGGGGGAAGUUCAUCAGAGAUCCCGACAAUGGCCCUGGGUGGGAACAAAUUCCCAAGAUCGGUGUCUUUGGGGGGGGUGUGAGACCUGAUAUGACCAAAGAACCAGUAAAGGCAUUGGAUGUUAGGAACGCGAACGUCAUUGAGCCAAGAUGCUUGAUAUUCAAGAGCAUAUGGGAGAAGGGUCAGGCAAAGGAGUAA